AUGGCUAUUCAACCGCUAUGGGAGCAGAUUGUCUCCCAGAAACGGGCGAUCAGAGAUAAAAUGCUGACUCCGUAUCUGAUCAAUGUAGCAGAUCAAGAGACUGGAGAUCAUGUUGAUAAGAUUCAUGAACGCAGUCAUGUGGAUGAAGAAGUCCAAGCGAUUACUGAUAUUGACGAGGUGGAAGUGUUGUUACAAAAGAUUCAGACCGGUGACUUUUCUGCCGAGCAGGUUGUUAAGGCUUAUAUACAACGAGCGGUAGUGGCACACCAGUUGACCAACUGUCUCACCGAGGUGGUAUUUGAGGAUGCAUUGCAACAAGCCAAGGAGCUAGAUCUGGAGUUCCAGACAACGCAUCAGAUCAAGGGCCCUCUGCAUGGAAUUCCCUUUACUGUGAAAGACCAGUUCAAUAUCAAAGGUGUUGACACAACUUUGGGCUAUGUUGGUCGAUCCUUCAAUCCAGCGCAACAAGACGCGGUCCUGGUUCAGAUCUUGAAGGACAUGGGUGCAAUUGUCAUUGCAAAGACCAAUUUACCCCAGAGUAUUAUGUGGGCAGAAACUGAAAACCCCCUAUGGGGACUGACUACGAACCCUCGGAACCCUGCUUUCUCUCCAGGUGGCUCCACCGGGGGUGAGGGCUCACUUUUAACCUUGCAUGGCUGUUUGUUGGGAUUUGGAACGGACAUUGGAGGGAGCAUACGGAUUCCUCAAUGUAUAGCUGGUCUAUAUGGUUUGAAGCCCACGAGUAGCCGGUUUCCCUAUGAAGGCGUGCCAGUAUCGACGGAAGGCCAAGGGCAUGUCCCAUCUGCCGUGGGACCGAUGACUCGGGAUCUCCAGUCACUCAGCUAUAUCACCAGGCUUGUGGUGAAUGCCCGGCCCUGGGACUUGGAUCCGCGAUGUACCCCUCUACCUUGGAAUGAAGCUACUUUCCACGAGAUUCAGACUCGCCCUAUAGUCAUUGGACUGAUCAUGGAUGACGGCGUCGUCAAAGUUCAUCCACCAAUUGCCCGGGCUUUAGAAGAGCUAACGGCCAAAUUGAAGUCUGCCGGCCACGAAGUUCUGGUCUGGGAUACAACGGAUCAUGCGGCGUGUAUAGAACUGAUGGAUCUCUAUUAUACCGCCGAUGGGGGAGAAGAUAUCCGUCGAGACGUCGCCGCUGCCGGUGAACCUUAUAUUCCCCAUGUGGAAGCGUUGGUCAAUCGUGGUAAGCCAAUUUCGGUAUACGAAUAUUGGCAACUGAAUAAGCGGAAACUUGCUGCACAGAAAAAAUAUCUUGAUAGGUGGCAUUCGGUCCGAUCUCCAUCUGGGAAGCCUGUCGAUGUUCUGCUGGGUCCAACGCUGCCACAUACGACUGUCCCACACCGGAAGUUUCGAUGGGUGGGAUAUACCAAGAUCUGGAACUUUCUGGACUACCCAGCCGUGACCUUCCCGGUCGACAAGGUGAGGGCAGAUCAAGAUCAAUUGGCGGCAGAGCCCUACAUACCGAGGAAUGCUUUGGAUGAGUGGAAUUGGAAACUGUAUGACGCAGAGAAGGUAGAUGGGUAUCCGGUGAACCUCCAAAUUAUCGGCAAGAAACUGGAAGAAGAGAAGGUCCUGGGAGCCGCUAUUGCUAUUGAGCAUAUUUGGAAGAACAACACUGCAAGCCACAUCUGA